CCUUCUUCCUGUCCCGGGAUGCCAGGGUUUUGCACAGCUGAAAUUGCACAGUCCUUUCCCCCGGAUCCUCUUACUUCUUCUAGCGCUCAAAGCCCCGCUGCUCCGGGCACCCCUUGGCUGCUUUUUGUCAGCCUACGCUGCGGUCGCAGCCUCUUCCGAGGCAGGUUAUGAGCCCCGCUCCCCUCUCCGCCUUAGCGGGACGAUUUCACGCCAAAUCCUGGUUUGUGCAUUCCCGGCUCACCCGUAGCAGAGCCAGAGAUUUCCACAGGAGACGGCGCUGCCGGUGGAUUUCCCCCGGGCUUAAGGCCCGAGUGUUUCCACUUCGCGCGGGGCUCCGCCGAGCGCCGGGACUCGCCGUCGCGGUGGACACCAGCUCCGCUCCCUUCGCCUCCCGGGCCCCGGCCGGGGCGACGAGGAGGGGGGGUAGCUCUGCACGGGUACCGGGAGGAGCGGGAGGGGGCUCCCCGCCGCGGCGAGUCCUGCGGGACGGGACGGGGUUGCCGGUGCUCCGGAGCGCCCCUGGCCCGGCUGCCCGGCGCGGCCGCGGCGCAGCGCUCGCCGCCCCUACUCGACCCCGGCCGGGCUCCCCGAGGGCGCGUCCCUGCCGGCCGGCGGCUCUUCCGUGCGGCGCCGGGAUCCGGGAGCCCCCACUUGCUCCCCGCAGCCCCGGCACCUCCGAUCCCGGCGCGGGGGGUGUCCGCAGGUGGGUGCCGUCUCCCCCCCCCCCCCCCCGCGCCGGGCCCCUCACCAGCAGAUGGUGCUGCGGGCGCCCCAUCUCUGGGGCUGCGGGGCCCCGACGGACCGCACCGGGCCCAGCUCAGCCCGGCCGCUGGCAGCCCUCCCUCACCGGGCCGGGCAGCGGUACCGGGAGCCUGCAUGCCGCCUGGCCGGGGCGAAGAGGGAACCGGGGCCAGCCACGGCGGCGGCGGAGCGCCCAGGCCGGGGACAGGAGAGCGCUGCCGGUGGAGAAACCUCCAGGUGUGAAGGGAAGAACUCUCAUUCUCCUUGAUGUCAACACCAAGAGCCCUGUCAGGAUAAUCAGUGAGAAUUUCCUCUCCCUGCAGCUGGACCCCUCCAUCAUUCAUGAUGGCUGGCUCGAUUUCUUAAGCCCAGCAGCAGGAACGGGGCCGCCUGCCGAGCCGAGCCGAGCCUUCCCCAGGUCCCGACGGGCGGAGAGCGGGGUGUCGGCCAGGUCUUCAGAGCCCUCCGCUCCCCGGACUUCCAGCCGGGCGCGGGGGGCUGCAGCUGCGCUGGGCUCCACCGGCGGUGCGGAGCGGCCGCGGCCUGGAGGCGCUGGGACGGCCAGAAAGCCCUCCUUUCCCUGCUGGCUCCCGGCGGCUGGUGACCCUGGCGCGGGGCCUGGCCCCCGCCUUCCUGCGCUUCGCGGGCAAGAGGACGGACUUUCUCCAGUUCCACAACGUGAAGAACCCGGCCAAGAGCCGCGGCGGGCCUGGCCCCGACUACUACCUCAAGAACUACGAGGACGGUCUCUAGACAAACUCUAUAACUUUGCUGACUGCUCUGGCCUUCACCUGAUCUUUGCACUGAAUGCUUUGCGCCGAAAUCCCAACAACUCCUGGAACAGCUCCAACGCCCUCAGCCUGCUGAAGUACAGUGCCAGCAAGAAGUACAACAUCUCCUGGGAGCUGGGCAACGAGCCCAAUAACUAUCGGACCCUGAUCGGCCGCUCAGUGAACGGAAGCCAGCUGGGGAAGGACUACAUCCAGCUGAGAAGUCUGCUGCAGCUUAUCCGCACUUAUUCCAGAGCAAACCUCUAUGGGCCAAACAUUGGGAGGCCCAGAAAGAACGUCAUCGCUCUCCUGGAAGGGUUCAUGAAAGUCGCUGGCAGCACGGUGGAUGCUGUUACCUGGCAACAUUACUACAUUGAUGGUAGAGUGGCCAAAGUGACGGACUUCCUGAAAACGCGCCUGUUAGAUACACUUUCUGACCAGAUCAGGAAAAUCCAGAAAGUAGUGAACACAUACACGCCAGGGAAGAAGAUCUGGCUGGAAGGCGUUGGUGCAACCUCGGCCGGAGGCAUGAACAACCUCUCCGAUUCCUAUGCAGCCGGGUUCCUGUGGCUGAACACGCUGGGCUUGCUGGCCAGCCAGGGCAUCGACGUGGUGGUGCGGCACUCCUUCCUCGACCACGGCCACAACCACCUGGUGGACCAGAACUUCAACCCCUUGCCGGACUACUGGCUGUCCCUGCUAUACAAGCGCCUCAUUGGCCCCAAGGUCCUGGCGAUCCAUGUGGCUGGUCUCCAGAGGAAACCCCGGCCCGGCAGAGUCAUUCGUGACAAGCUCCGCAUUUACGCCCACUGCACCAGCUACCACAACCACAACUACGUCCGGGGGUCCAUCACCCUUUAUAUCAUCAACCUGCAUCGCUCCAGGAAGAAAAUCAAGCUCGCAGGGACACUAAGGGAUAAAAUUGUCCACCAGUACCUGCUGCAGCCCUACGGCAAGGACGGGCUCCACUCCAAGUCAGUCCAGCUCAAUGGGCAGCCGCUGGCCAUGGUGGAUGACGGGACCCUCCCCGAGCUAAAGCCUCGUCCGCUGCGGGCCGGCCGUACCCUAGUCAUCCCCCCGCUGACCAUGAGCUUCUACGUGGUGAAGAACGUGAACGCGCUGGCCUGCCGGUACCGAUAGCCCGUGGCCCAGAAUGGACCCGCCGGCCCUGCUCCUGCCCCCGCGCACGCCCCAGGACACGCUGCCUCCUCGGCAGCCUGCACAGCCUCGCAGCAGGGCCACGUCGGGCAGGCACCGCGCUGUGCCCUUGUCCUCAUCCUCACACUCUGGACACCCUCCGGCUUGGCACCCUCUCCCACCCUGCGACCACAGAGGUCCGUUUGGCCCUUGCCACUAUCCCAAUGGAGCGGUGCGACGGCAAAUUUGCAGGGCCUGCCGUGAUCCGUCUGCAAGCUGCAAGAAGCACCCGGGAUCCAAAGCCCACCGUCGUCUGCCGGGGAGGGCCUGGGGGGCUGAGCCCUGGUAUAGCCAGGGAUGGGCACCCUCCCCGGCCCCCCGGUCCCGCUGCCCCUCAGGGUGACCCCUGCAGCAGCCGGGUGCCCCCUUGCUCUGCACUCCCCCGGCGGCGGGGGACGCGGACAGUGCCGCCGGUGCAACAAGCGCAUGGAAGCAGCUCCCUCUGCUGCCGCCAGCCCGGCCGGGGCCGGCGCGGGGAUGCUGCGGGCAGGGCGGGGCGGGGCGGGGCGGGACGGGACGGCAGAAGGGGAGCCGGGGUCCGGCCCCGGGCGGGGCUCGGGGCUCCGCGGCUGGAAAUGCUGAUAACUAGGUUAUACGGCCCGGAGGGGAGCGGCGGGAGGCGGGACCUGCAGGUAGCCCCGGUCCCCCCGGGGCGAGGAGCGGCGGCGGCCGGGCCGUGA